AGAGUUUGGGCUAACUUUUACAUUGCAAUAUAUUUAGAAACUUUCUGAUAGUAUUUGUGCCCAAUUAUUAGCAAAGGAAACAUUUUUUUCUGACCCAAAUAUAUCCACAUUUUUCAUACAUCUUUCAACUAUUCAAUACUAAAGUGAAUACGAGUGCGAUUACAAGAGUGAGGCCAACCGCCAGCAUAAACGCCACCCAAACCCCCAAAAUGCAAGCCAACCCUCCCUGGAAAGAGGCGUCGUCUCUCAUCAUAGUAUCGCGCGCUUCACUCACCGACAAAGUUGUCCGCAAUUCCGGCCCGAAAUCGGUUCAGUCGACAGCGAAUGGGCGCAACCUUUGGGCGUCAUGUGAUUACCGCAUAAUGAUGGUCAAACGAAGUGGUCUCAGCUCAUUCAUGGCCUCCGCUUAUGUGUUUCCCGGCGGCAAAGUAGAAGUGGCCGACUAUUCGCCCAAAUGGUGGCAACUCUUCGCGAAGUUGGGUCUCACCAGAAGUGAUUUGGAAGUGUUUUCUUCGUGUGUUGUCGGCUCCAGACCUCCGAUGGUUACGGAACCGCUCACUGUUGCCGAAGCGAAACGCGACGCGUCUGAAAAUGUGGAUUAUCUUCACGCGGAUAUCGCUCUCAGAAUCGCUGCCAUAAGAGAGACAUUUGAAGAAACGGGUGUUCUUCUGUUAACUCAAACGCCAUUAACAAACGGGUCAACAAUCGGUUCUCUAUCACAACACUCAACACCAAUGGUUCCCAUUUCGGACGUAAACCAUAUGAAUAUAGAUUUAAAUGAUUGGAGAGAAAAAGUGCGAACCGAUGCAAACGCUUUCUUCGAUCUUUGUCUGGAGACUAGUCUCUGUCCUGAUUUGUGGUCGCUGUACGAGUGGUCCGAUUGGUUGACACCGAUAAGCACUAGUCUCUGUCCUGAUUUGUGGUCGCUGUACGAGUGGUCCGAUUGGUUGACACCGAUAAGCGUCGGUCACAAAAGAUUUGACGCUUUCUUUUACAUCUGUUGCCUCGAAAGUGAGCCCAAAGUAGUUAUCGAUAACUCUGAAGUGACAAAUCUCAAGUGGUGCACUCCCGUAGAGAUGUUGGAAGAGCACAGUCAGGAGCGGGUAUUCUUAGCGCCGCCACAAGUCUACGAACUCUCGCGGAUCCAUAAUUUGCCAAAUUUUAAUGCCGUCAAAGACUUUGCUCUUAAAAGACAAUCACUGGGUAUUGAACGCUGGCUUCCGGUCAUAUCGACAUACAAUGAUGGAGCCAUUUCAUUAUUACCCGGAGACGAUAGCUAUCCGUCAGAUCCGGACUUAAUUGGGAAGAAACCGAUUCCAGACUUUCCUCAAUCGUUGGAAGAAAUGAGAGCCAAAACUGUUCACAUGAAUCGACUGGAACUAAGAGGACCGACAUGUCAGGCCUAUUGCAAUAUUAAGCUUAAUUGCGGUCAUCUCUCGCCCUUCACAUACCCUCCCAUCACAACUACAGUGCAGUCAAUGCUCUAAACUAUUACUUUCCAUAAAAUAUUUUAUUACUAAACAAUUUUAUCAGUG